AGGCCCAAUCAAACGUAGUUGCAUCUCCCAACGUGCGACACGUGGCCAUCGGAAUCAUCGAACGGUGCAAGAUUCUUCCAGGCGAGGGACGAAACCAGAGCAUAACAUCUCCCAUUUGUUUUUUUGUUUCGAGAAGGAGAGGACCAAACAAGCCCUUAUCACAACUCUAUCUACCGUACAAGGCCCAAACCAAAAGCUUGCUCUCUCAUUCUCGAACACAAUUCUCUUCUUCGCCCCCAACGAACUUGCAAUUAGUGUAGAAGAUGAGUACGUUGGAUGCAACAAGGGCUGAACUUGGUCUUCUUGUUUUAUAUCUGGGCAAGGCUGAAACAAGGGACAAAAUAUGCAGAGCAAUACAAUAUGGUUCCAAAUUUUUGAGUAACGGGGAACCUGGUACUGCCCAGAAUGUAGAAAAAUCAACCAGCUUGGCACGAAAAGUUUUUCGUCUGUUUAAGUUUGUCAAUGACCUACAUGCUCUGAUUAGUCCAACACCACGGGGAACUCCUCUCCCUCUAAUUCUGUUGGGAAAGUCCAAGAAUGCUUUACUCUCCACUUUCUUGUUUCUUGAUCAAUUUGUGUGGCUUGGAAGAUCAGGCAUCUACCAGAAUAAAGAACGCAGUGAACUAAUUGGCCGGAUAUCUCUUUUCUGUUGGCUGGGUUCCUCAGUGUGUGGCUCCUUGGUUGAGCUGGGGGAGCUUGGAAGACUCUCUGCAUCAAUGAAGAAGAUAGAGAAAGAACUCAAGAACAAGAAUAAAUAUGAAGAUGAACAAUACCGUGCCAAACUAAACAAGUCAAAUGAGAGGACUCUAGCACUAAUCAAAGCGGGAAUGGAUAUAGUGGUGGCAGUUGGACUGCUUCAAUUGGCACCAAAGAAAGUUACUCCCCGCGUGACUGGUGCAUUUGGAUUUGCUUCAUCUCUAAUAUCUUGCUAUCAGUUGCUUCCUGCCCCAACCAAGUCCAAAGCUUCAUGAAGUUUGCAAGAAUAAAAUGGUUCUCAUGUCACUUCGUUAUUGUCAAAUAAUUAUAUGAAUUGGUCAGGAAAUAUUGGUUGGUGUGAGCAUUGACCAAUUUCCAUCAUAGUAGAAAACAGGACCCUGUUUACAAUUGUUUCCAAAAACUGCUAUGUAGGGUAUCUUUCUAUUUUGGUCCUCCAAAAUAUAUGCAACGAUAAUAUGUUGCUCCAUAAUAUAAAUAUAUAAAUUUGUCCCCUAAAAGACAUGCCAUGUCA